UGACGCUGUCACAGCUAUGUGACAUUCUUGAAUUUUUCGCUAUAAAACCACGUACAACAUAAAUUCUAAUUUAAAAUUAGCAAUGUGAACAGUAACAGGCUCAUAGUAAAAUCAGAAAUGAUAAGGCAAUCUCUGAAAUACAGGAAGACAUUAACAGUCUUGGGCGUUCUAUCUUUAUUACUCUUUUUAUUUUUAAUUCUUUUGAAAGACAACAAAGGGAAUGGAAUGAACCAAAGAGUAAUAGAUGAUGUCCAGAAAUUGAACUACAGAGGUUUUAAUCCACUGCCAAAGAAGGAUACAUUAAUUUUAUCAGAAAUGGAAAAACAAAUUGAACUCAAUCCAAAAGAUGAUAGUACAAAACAAGAACUGUUAGAAGCUAAGUCAAGGAUAGAUCAGUUAGAGAAAAAGAUUGCCAUUUUGGAAGGAAGGGUUCCACAAAAGUAUCCGGAAGUGAAAUUUCUAGGGUAUAAGGAGAGAAAAAGAAUAUUGGUAACAGGUGGCGCAGGAUUCGUAGGAUCGCACUUAGUAGAUGUACUUAUGACACAGGGCCAUGAGGUCAUUGUUGUAGACAAUUUCUUCACUGGCCGCAAGAGGAAUGUAGAACACUGGUUCGGACAUCGCAACUUUGAAAUGAUUCACCAUGACAUUGUUAACCCCCUAUAUGUUGAGGCGGACGAAAUUUACCACUUAGCUAGUCCUGCAAGCCCACCGCACUACAUGCAAAAUCCAGUAAAGACAAUUAAGACUAAUACUUUAGGCACAAUCAAUAUGUUAGGUUUAGCGCGACGAGUAGGAGCUAAGAUACUAAUAGCGAGUACAUCAGAAGUGUACGGUGAUCCAAUGGUGCAUCCACAGCCAGAAUCCUAUUGGGGACACGUCAACCCUAUAGGACCAAGAGCGUGUUACGACGAGGGCAAGCGAGUGGCGGAGACUCUCGCCUACUCGUAUGCUAAGCAGGAAAAGGUGGCGGUGAGAGUGGCGCGGAUAUUCAACACAUACGGGCCCAGGAUGCACGUAUCCGACGGACGAGUUGUCUCGAACUUUAUUAUGCAAGCAUUACAGAAUUUGACCAUAACCGUUUAUGGCAACGGGCGUCAGACCCGGUCCUUCUGUUACGUGUCCGACCUCGUGGACGGACUACUGGGCCUCAUGGCCUCUAGCUACACGUUACCUGUUAACCUCGGGAACCCCGUAGAAAAUACUAUACAAGAAUUCGCCAUGAUUAUCAAGAAUCUAGUCCCGGGCUGCCGGAGCAUGGUGGCGACGGGCGCGGCCGUCGAGGACGACCCGCAGCGGCGCCGCCCCGACAUCACAGUCGCCAGAGAUAACUUGCAUUGGGAACCUAAGGUUUCAUUACAAGAGGGUCUACAAAGGACCAUUGACUACUUCAAAGAGGAGUUAUCACGGACCACAUUCUACAAUAAUCAAACAUAUAUGGAUAUGAAAAGUCAUCAUUGAAAGUGCGAAUCUAUUUACAUGUGAUAUUGGUGCCUGUGCGUGGAGAAUUGUAUAAAUGUCAAUAUGAAAUCGUGUUUGUUAAAUUAAGUAUUCACUUUUUGUUAUAGACGCAUUGAUUGUAUGGUUACCCUUAAAUGACGAAAAUGUGUUGUAUACCUAUCUUAUUUAUAUUCAAUUGUUUAAAUAAAAAUGCACAUUGCCCAUGAUGUAUGAAAA